GAUGAUGCUAGCACCUCUCCUUCACCAAGUACACGAGGUCCCACCCAGCAGCAGCAAAAUUCAUCAGACUCUGGGAAGAAGCCAUGGGAAAGGAGCAAUUCUGUUGAAAAGCCUGUAUCUUCAUUACUUUCUAGAAAUCCAUCAGUGGCGAAGAGCUGUGAAGCUAAGAGCCCCACACAAUCCCACGUGUCUUCUAGGAUGAAGCCAGUGAGCAGCAGCAAUGAUGUGGCUAUGGAUGCCUUAGAUUUUGAUCGAAUGAAACAGGAAAUAUUGGAGGAAGUUGUAAGAGAGUUACACAAAGUGAAAGAGGAGAUAAUUGAUGCCAUACGGCAGGAGUUGAGUAGAAUCAGUACAACAUAAUGAUUGCAAAGCAUUUGGACGGUACUAAGAAUGCUAGGAAGACUGGAUCAUUUCUAAGUGUACCAAGGUCAUGCAAGAUGGUGAGAGAGGACACCGGCACUGUCUUUGUUCUUAUACCCUUUUUAUUAGCAGACUCAGCACACUUUGAAGCUUGCUGCUGCCUUGGAUCCGCUUCAUUUUAAAAGUCUUAAUCUAAAGAAUAUUAAAUUUUAAAUUUCUGGAUUUUUUAGAUUUCAUCUGACACUGCACAUUGGAUUUUGUCAGCCUUUUUUGUAUUUUGUAUUUGCUUAUUUAAAUGUAUUACCUUUCUUUUUAGUAGUAGAUAAGAACACACGUGAACCAUUUGCUUUUGAUAGAUGACUUCAAAGUAAUUUUACUAGUAGUCUGCGAUGUAAAUGAAGAUCCUUUGCCAACAGAAAUGUAUUGUGGCAUCACCAGAAGAAACAGAGACAUGUUAGUUGUCAGCCAACAAGUUCUUUGUCUCAGAGUUAUCACAAUAUAAAAAAAAAAAAAUGGUACGUCAGUGCAUCACAGUAUCUGUGUUCAUAUUGGUAAUAAACUGUUUAUUGUCCACA